CCUGCCUGCCUCACACCAUCGCUGGCCAUCAGCAACGUCUGACGGCUGUAUCCUUUUGCUGUAGCAACGCGCCUUCACCAUCCUCCUCUGCGUCGUCUGCAUCUGACAUUCUGACUGCAGGAGUCUUUUGUGUCUCCACGGGGGCCAUUGUGAUUUCUCCCCUUUCUGGAGAAAGAGCAGCACCAUGGACAUGAUGGGUAACAAAGAGCGACGAGGCGUGAAUUUCAAAGGCUUGCUGAAGAGGAACUGGCUUCUGAUUGCCACGGUUUUAUCAGUGCUGCUUGGGAUAAGUCUGGGCGUGGUGGUCAGAGAGUAUGCGUUCCUUUCCCAUCUUGAUAAGCAGUAUUUCGGCUUCCCAGGAGAGAUCCUCAUGCGGAUGCUGAAGCUUGUCAUACUCCCACUCAUCAUUUCAAGCAUGAUAACAGGUGUUGCAGCCCUGGACUCUGAGGUAUCAGGAAAGAUAGGUCUGCGAGCUGUUAUUUAUUACUUCUCAACAACCAUCAUUGCAGUUAUUCUUGGCAUUAUUUUGGUAAUGACUAUCAAACCAGGAGUGUCUCAGACAGCUGACCACAUUGACAGAGCCGGGACCACGCCCAACGUCACAACAGUUGACACACUCUUGGACCUCCUCAGAAACAUGUUUCCAGAAAAUUUGGUGCAGGCUUGUUUUCAGCAGUACAAGACCAAGCGCAAAGAGCUGGAGCCUCCAAAAGUGUUAACCAACACUACCACAAUUCCACCUCUCACAACUACCAUCAUGUCAGUGGUAGAGAAUAUAACCAAGGAGUAUAAAAUCGUUGGGACGUAUUCGGAUGGAAUCAACGUAUUGGGGCUUAUUGUGUUCUGUGUUGCUUUUGGCCUUGUUAUUGGGAAGAUGGGCGAAAAAGGCCGUAUCCUCCUGGAAUUUUUUGAUGCCCUGAAUGAAGCAACCAUGAAACUAGUCCAGAUCAUUAUGUGUUACAUGCCAGUGGGGAUCUUGUUCCUAAUUGCUGCUAAGAUCAUCGAGGUGGAAGACUGGGAGAUCUUCAGGAAGAUGGGUCUUUAUAUGGUGACGGUGCUGAGUGGUCUAGCCAUCCAUGCCACCAUCUGUCUGCCACUGAUCUUCUUUGUCAUUGUGAGGAAGAACCCAUACACAUUUACACUGGGAAUGGCGCAGGCCCUGGUGACAGCACUCAUGAUCUCCUCCAGCUCUGCCACCCUGCCUGUCACCUUCCGAUGUGCCGAGGAGAACAAUCGCAUCGACAAGCGGAUCACUCGUUUCGUCCUCCCAGUGGGUGCCACCAUUAACAUGGAUGGCACGGCACUCUACGAGGCAGUGGCCGCCAUCUUCAUCGCCCAGCUGAAUGACUACACUCUGGAUGUGGGCCAGAUUGUGACUAUCAGUAUAACAGCCACAGUUGCGAGUAUUGGAGCAGCAGGAGUCCCUAAUGCUGGGCUCGUCACCAUGGUGAUAGUCUUAACAGCUGUUGGAUUACCUGCAAGUGAUGUCACUCUGAUAGUUGCUGUGGAUUGGCUGCUAGACCGGUUCCGUACCAUGAUCAACGUUCUUGGUGAUGCUUAUGGAGCCGGUAUUGUCCAGAAGUUAUCCAAGAGGGAACUAGAGAGAAUGGAUCUGACAUCAGAUGUGGACGUCGCCAAUCCCUUUGCUCUGGAGGCCACCUUGGAUGACGAAGAGUGUGAGAAGAAAUCCUACGUCAAUGGAGGAUUCACCGUUGACAAGACAGAUGCAAUCUCUUUUACUGAAACCUCUCAGUUUUAGCCUCUGGCUGGCUCAGAGGAGCAGAGAAAGUGCCACGCUGCUAUGAAUGUGAAACAGAAAACCUUCCAUUAGUAUCAGCACCAUGACGAGAGACCCAUCCAAGCUCAGACAUCAGCAAUAGCAGCCUCCAUCAAGCUUAUCCAAGAUGAUCACCCUUCAUGUCGGACAUUUACAACAACGACUAGAUUAAAGUGCUUCCUUCUUACACUCAAAUUGUGCCAAGAUUUUAAAAAGUCAGUUUUCUUUUGAAUGAGUGGAUUCUUUCUUGCAAAGAUGCAGUCAAAAGAAGAGCAGUUGUGUGUGCGCACGAGGACAUUAUUUUUGGAUGUAUCAGAAGUGAGUGUAUGUAUUAUGCAAAAAAGAAAAGAUCAGUUUAACACAACUAAAAAAAACGAUCUGAAUUUGAAACUUCAAUCCUACUUUAUUUGCUCCUUGAUUGGACAAUAAUUCUCAAAAAUGUCUGAAUGACCUUUUUUGUGUGGCUGUUUUUGAAUGUCUAUGUCCCAUAAUGCACUGCUUGUAUAUCUAUCUGUAUAUUUAAACUGUGCCAAACAUAUAAGAAGGUUUUUCACUAAGGUGCAUGAAGCAAUAUGUAAAAGAAAUGCUAAACGCUGGCUGAUUUUUUUAUGGAGACUUUACAGAGUCUGGAGAUGGUUAACGAAGGCUUAUAAAGUCAUUGAACACUGUGAAAU